GGAAUUCACAUCAAUAAAUUUUUUCCUGCUGUUAAAAUAUAUAUCAUGUGCCAGGCACUAUAUGAAACACUUCAUCUACAUUAUUUCAUCGAAUCCUCAUGAUACUCCUGGUUGGUAGAUAUUAUCAUAUAUCUGCCCAAGGUUAUUCCAGAGACAAUAAACCGCAGAGCCAAAACUCAAACCCAGAACUGACUCGUCAGGAUAUGCUCCCCACUCUGCUACAGAGCUGUUCACAGAUGUGGAGAGGGCAGGGGUGCAAGAUGUAGGAGGCUGAGGCAGCAUUAUGGAGAGAAGCUGGGAGAGAUGAGGCUGGGCCUGACCAUGUUUGGUCCAUGUCAAAUCAGUGCAUGCUAACCUGGAGCCCUGUCCAACAAGCAGCAGGAAGACAGCGCAUGUGAGUACGAAGGCUUCAGCGAGCUGCCUGGAAAUACAGAUCCGGUAGAUCCUGACUAGUUUCAGAGUUGGCGUAGUACAGCGGCUGCAAGCAUAGACUCUAGAGCCAGACUGCAUGGAUUUGAAUCCUGGCUCCGUCACUUAUUAGAUGUACGACUUUAGCACCCAUCUGCCACCUGCCAACUCGUGGGCAAGUUGCCCUUGAAGUUGCAUGCUGCCAGCUAAUAGAAUGGAGGCCGGGAAUGGAGUCCAGCUGUGGGCCUAGGAAGAAGAGAUGGCUUUGGCGUCCCUCACUGCUGGCCAAGUGCCAGAGAAGGUGUGCACGCAUCUCCCCGCCAAAACCCAACCAUGGGCAACUCCUGCUUUGGCCUCAAGGAACGGCUGAUGAAGCGGCUGCGGCCUCUGCCUACCGUGAUCGUCAUCCGUACCUGCCUGCCCCAGAGGAGGAGCAGAGAUUUCCGCGUGGUGGUGCUCGGCUCGGCCGGCGUGGGCAAGAGCGCGCUGGUGCAGAGGUGGGUGCGCGGCAACUUCCGUGAGGCGUACCUGCCGACCAUCGAAGAUACCUACCGCCAGGCGCUGGGCUGCAGCCACAAGGCGGGUGCACUGCACAUCACCGACACCACCGGCGGCCGCCGCUACCGGGGCCUGCAGCGCCUCGCCAUUGCCAGGGGUCACGCCUUCAUCCUGGUCUACUCCGUCACCAAGAAGCAAACCCUGGAGGAGCUGAAGCCCCUCUUUGAGCUGAUCCGUCAACUCAAAGGCAACAACCCGCAAAAGUGCCCCAUCAUCCUGGUGGGCAACAAGUGCGAUGAGAGCCCCCGGGAGGUGAGCGAGAAGGAAGGUGCUGCCUACGCGUCGGAGUGGAAUUGCGCCUUCUUGGAGACCUCCGCCAAGAUGAAUAUCAAUGUGCAGGAGCUGUUCCAGAUGCUGAUAAACUUCGAGAAGAAGCCCGCCGCCGCCGCCGGCGCCCAGCCUCCCCAGAAGAAAUCCCAGAUCCCCAAGACCGCCGAGAAGCUGCUGGGCAAGUGCAUCAUCAUGUGAACCCUGAGCCUUAAGGAGCCCGACCCUCUUCUCCUUCAGUGUGCCGAAAACAUGGACCAACCCCAUUGUGCUGUGUCACCUGUACACGACUGACUUUUGUGCUGUGGUUUGGGUUGUAACAAUUAGAUGUCAAUAAAUGUCCCCUGUGAGUUAGUAACUUUUCUUUUCCCCAGGCAAGAGAACUCGAAUUGUUAAAAUAUGGACAUUGGAGGAGGAGAGGAAAAGGAACAGGAUGCAUUUUAAAGGAUGGGACUUGGACGGACUUUAGAGAUUAAUGUUUGAAAAAGAGAAUGGAAAUAGCAAAAUGAAUUGAAAGAUGUCACUACCCUUCUUGUAAUCCUAUUAUUGUGUAUUAUUCUUAAACAUUUCGAGUCCUGUAAAUGUCUGAUCAUAUCUUCCCAUUGUGUAUUUAAUUGUUAAGAGAUGUUUUUGCAACAAAAUCUCUGACAGAUGACUGUGAGACAGAUACUAAACAUCAUAAAUAAAUGAAUGUUCUAUAGUUGAGCGUUGAGGGUGGGAGCAGAGAAAAUUGUGAUAGUGGAACUUGCUUACUAAAUAUGUACCAAUUGUUUCCUAAGUCAUUUAAAAAUGUUUGAGUAUUCUACACUGCAGUUUAAAAAAAUUGUAACAGUUCCGUGACUUAAUAAAGCUUUUCCUGCAUGCAA